UUUAUCAUAGUAACCCACGGGGCGGAUUAUUUAUCUCAUAUCAAAAUUUUAGUGGGAAGUCCCUUCAAUUUAAUUUAGCUCUGCCCUGAUGAUGGAAAUUCAUAGCUUUGGUGUUGAACCAAUAACCUGUCAUGCUUGGAAUAAUGAUAGGACACAAGUAGCACUUUCACCUAAUAGUAAUGAAGUUCACAUAUAUAAUAGAGAUGGGGAUAGAUGGUCUUGUAACAAUGUUUUUUCGCAACAUGACUUAAGGGUCACCAGCAUUGAUUGGGCUCCUAACACAAAUCGUAUUGUAACUUGCUCAGCAGAUCGAAAUGCUUACGUAUGGACAAAAGUAGAUGACAAAUGGAAACCAACAUUAGUAUUACUUCGUAUAAACAGAGCUGCAACUUGUGUGAGGUGGUGUCCUAAAGAAACAAAAUUUGCAGUUGGAUGUGGUGCUUGUUUGAUAUCUAUCUGUUUUUUUGAAGAAGAAAAUGAUUGGUGGCUGAGCAAACACAUCAAAAAACCAAUACGGUCUACAGUUACUAGUAUCGAUUGGCAUCCAAACAGUGUUUUAUUAGCAUGUGGCUCAACAGAUUUCAAGACAAGGGUCUUUUCUACAUAUAUCAAAGAAAUAGAUGACAGACCUGAACCCACUGUGUGGGGGUUUAAAAUGCCAUUAGGAAAUGUAAUGGCAGAAUUUCCAAAUAGUGGCUGGGUUCAUUGUGUUAGUUUUUCUGCUGAUGGUACCAAACUGGCUUGGGUUAGUCAUGACAGUACUAUAUCAGUUUGUGAUGCAGAAAAAAAUAUGGCUUUAAUGACUGUCAAGACACAGUUCCUGCCCUACCUCACUUGUGCCUGGGCUUCUAAUUCAAGUAUUGUUGCUGCUGGUCAUGAUUGCUUCCCUGUGCUCUUCCGAUAUGAAGGAGGUCGUCUGAAUUUUGUUACAAAAUUAGAUAAAUCCCAAAAAAGAGAAGUUGAUGGCUUUAGUGCUAUGAGGAAAUUUUGAGACAUGGAUAAACGUGCCAUAGUAGAAAACAGUGUUGAUACAUUAUUAGACACUAUACAUCAAAAUGCCAUAACAAGUUUAACAAUUUAUGCAGGGACCAAAUUGGGUGUAACUAAAUUAUGUACUACUGGAAUGGAUGGAAAGAUGGUUAUUUGGAAUUUAUAGACUUUGGGAGAUAUGCUACCAAGUGAAAUGUAGUGUGAUAUUUAACCAGUUGUAUAACUGGGAAAAACUUCGCUUGGAGAACUCCAUUCUUUCCCUAUUGGUGCUGCCUCAUGGAAGAAAACAAUUCUCUUCCUUGGCAUUGUUGAUUAUCUUCUAGUUGACUGACUAAAGA